GUUUUAAGACCAAAACCAUCUGAAUUUAUUGGUUUUCCAUUAAAAUAUAAAUAAAUAAAACCUCUUUGACAUUUUCACUCACUCUUUUUUUCAAGUAUAAAUACCCACAUAAACUUCAAAACCAUAUCAUCAUACAACAAACAGGUCAAUAUCUGAAGAGUUUAAAGCUAAAUGGACAAAAAGAGUUUAACCAAAACUAUGUCGUCGAGCACUGUUGGUGAAAUCAUACGUUGUAAAGCUGCGGUGGCAUGGGAAGCAGGAAAGCCACUGGUGAUAGAAGAAGUGGAGGUAGCACCUCCUCAGGCAAUGGAAGUUCGCCUUAAAAUUUUAUUCACUUCCCUUUGCCACACUGAUGUUUAUUUCUGGGAAGCCAAAGGACAAAAGCCAUUGUUUCCUCGUAUUUUUGGCCAUGAAGCAGGCGGGAUUGUGGAAAGCGUUGGUGAAGGUGUGACCGAUCUCAGGCCGGGUGACCAUGUGCUUCCGGUGUUCACUGGGGAGUGUAAGGAGUGCCGUCAUUGCAAAUCCGAGGAGAGUAACAUGUGUGAUCUCCUUAGGAUCAACACUGACAGAGGUGUGAUGCUCAAUGAUGGCAAGUCCAGAUUUUCAAUCAAGGGACAGCCCAUUUACCAUUUUGUUGGAACUUCAACCUUCAGUGAGUACACAGUUGUUCAUGUUGGCUGCGUUGCUAAGAUCAACCCUGCAGCUCCACUCGACAAAGUAUGUGUCCUCAGCUGCGGAAUUUCUACAGGUCUUGGUGCCACCUUGAAUGUUGCUAAACCUACAAAAGGUUCAACUGUGGCUGUAUUCGGACUGGGAGCUGUUGGCCUUGCAGCUGCUGAAGGGGCAAGAAUAGCUGGGGCUUCAAGGAUCAUUGGAGUUGAUUUAAAUUCUAACAGAUUUCAUGAAGCUAAGAAAUUUGGAGUUACCGAAUUUGUGAACCCAAAAGAUCAUGACAAGCCUGUUCAAGAGGUGCUUGCAAACAUGACUGGCGGAGGAGUUGAUCGGAGCAUUGAGUGUACUGGAAACAUCAAUGCCAUGAUCUCUGCCUUUGAAUGUGUCCAUGAUGGAUGGGGUGUUGCUGUACUUGUUGGUGUUCCAAAUAAAGAUGAUGCAUUCAAAACUCAUCCUGUGAAUUUUCUUAAUGAAAAGACACUGAAAGGUACCUUCUUCGGUAAUUACAAACCACGCUCUGAUCUUCCUUUGGUAGUGGAGAAGUACAUGAACAAGGAGCUUGAGCUGGAGAAAUUCAUCACUCAUGAAGUCCCCUUUACAGAGAUCAACAAGGCCUUUGAGCUGAUGCUUACAGGAGAGAGCCUCAGGUGUAUCAUUCGCAUGGAUGCAUAGGAGAAAAUCACCUACUUUUCCAAUCUGGGUUUGUGAAUGAAAGCAAUAACAUUAUGGUGAGCAUGUUUGUCAAAACAUGUCACACAUUGUAGGAAGUACAUUACAUUUUCUCUGAACUUCGUGACAAUUUUUCAUUGUACAUAUGAAAAUUACGCAGUUGAUUUAAGAUGGAUUAUGUAUGUGUUUGAUGUUGUAAAUAGAACCAGUACUCUUUUUUUCUC